AGAGAAUCCGUUCAUGGGCGGGGUUUAAACCUGUGGCUUUGCUUUGUCUCGCAAAGAACCGGCAAUUAUAUGCAUGAUAAAAGUAUAUAUAAUAGUAAGUCUGUUCUGUAAACAGUACUGAUUACAAUAGUAAAAUUGCAAGAAAGAAAGGAAAAAAAGAAACAGACAGACAGACAGACAGAACAGACGCCUGUGGGGUUUGAUUCAUGUCUAAGUCCUGAUAUGAUGGCAGCUAAUGCCUGGCAGGAAGAAACGAAUCUGUAAUAUAAGAAAGCCAUCUCUGCUGUUCUUAGAAAGUCCACUAGAUGGUGAUAGACAUACAUGUGGCAUUCCUGUUCAAUCAGCACUUAACCCUAAACAUGUUCCAGCUUUGCCAGUUGACCAAAAUUCAUCUGCACUCGGCUGGGUUAAAUCUCAGUUUGAAUCAGGAGAGCAGUUGCAGUUUCCACCUCGAAGACAGAAAAGGUAUCAUACAGAAAGCACUUCAAGUUAUGGAACCUCUUUUAGUAUCAGCAGGAUUUCCAAGACAAAGAAAUCAAGUGUUUGUAAGUUCCCAGCAUUGAGUUUUAAUGAGGUCUCUGAAGUCCUACAACAUCAAAAGUGUGUCCCAAGAGCUGGUGAACCCAUCCUACGAAAUAAGGCUUUGCUUACAUGUAAGGUAACUGAGGAUGAGAGUUUUCUAUCUCGGUCCAAAAACACUUCUGUGUUUCAGAAAGGUGGCCAAGAAGCUAAGAAACUGGCACCAAAUGAGGCUAAAAAGUAUACAAUAAACGAUGACGGACAAUUGAGGGAGCCAGAAAACUCGACAAGAUUUGGAGACCUUAGUACGGAUGAUGCAUAUACUCCCCCAACUGUCUAUACUCCAGUUGCAAAUCUGUGUUCAUCCGUUGAGGAGCAUCACAAACAUUCUCCUGUUGUGGAUUUAAGAUUUUUGAAUUAUAUAACCCAAACACCAUGUGCAGUGCACAACAAUGACAUCUUAGUUCAAGAUACUCCUGAAAAAGAAUAUGGAUUAAAGGUGACCUGGCGGAGGAGGAAGACGGUGAUGAAAUAUCUGAAAGACAGAGGGAAGCUGAGCAGAAGUGAAAUAUUAGUGAACGCUGAUGUGAAAUAAUGUAAAAGCUUUUCCACAAUCUAUAUCAUAUAUCAUUUUUUUUAACUUAUUACUUGCACAAAUCAGCUGAGAUUGCAGUCAAAAAAUUAACUUUUCUGGAAUAAAAUGAUCAAAUGUAUUAGAGGUUAGGUUUCAAGAUACAAGGGCCUUGUUUUUCCUGGAAUAUUGUAUAAAUUAAAAUGCAUACUUAUAUUCAGGUAUUGAGGAGGCCUGUGCUCUACUGCUUGAAAUACUUUCUCACAUUCAUUCACUUUGAAGUUGCCUACAAAUUAAACGCAAUGCAAUGAUUUAUGUGUUUGUUGACUCGUACUGGGAAGCUGUUUCCUGUAUGCAUUUUUCUGUUUUGUAUGUAAAAAUUCAGCAUUGUUUGAAUUAUAUGCUGUCAAUAAGACAGUAUAAUGAUGUAUUUUUCUUUUUAAUUCCUUUUCUAGUUUAGGAUUCGAUGUUGUCAUUCAUGUUACAUUCCUGUUCAAUACACUCACAUUGCUCAGAUUCUUUUUUUUUUUGUUAACAUUUUCAUACAAUCAAGUCUUUUUGGCUUUAGAAUUUGGAACUUCAACUUUAACUUUCAUUUUUUUAGACAGCAGAUUAGACAUUACUUAAUGUUCAGUGGUCCAGCCAUGACAUUGUGUGCCGUGUUGCUGUAAAACAAAUCCUAGAGCGAAUAAAACAUUAUUUCUAGAAUUUAUUUCUGUCUGAGGUAAUCGAAUAAAAGCCUGUCCAUUAUUUAAAAGAUGGAGGCAGAAGAAAUAAGUUAGCUCUGUUUGGACAGUGCUUCACAUUUAGAAACAGCUAAUGAAAAUGUAAUGGGUUAAGGCUUAUACAUUUUUGAAUCUCAGUUCUUUCAGAUCAUGCUCUACAGUAUAUAUUGGCCUUAAGUACAGCUGCACUUUAAGGUAUCUCUAGUUUGUCAAUGAGUCUCAAUGAAAUUUAGUUUUUAACAUGUAUUUCUGCCUAUUUCUGGCUAUAAGACACAUUUUAUCCAAGAGAACUUAAGACAGAUUAUAUUCAGUUUUAACUUUAUAUUAUUAACUAAAACACUGGAUUUAUGUAUGAUAUGAUGAUAACAAUGUUUAAUUAAAAACAAACCAUAUGGGAUGCUAUGAA